UGAAUUUAUAUUUAUUUAUUACGUAAAUUGAUGGAUAUGUAGUAUAUCAGUUUAAAAUGAAUAAAUUCAAAUUAAUUUCAUUUAUUACCCGGAAUGAGAAUUUACUUUUAGGGGUUUGUUGUAGUCCACAAUUUGCUGCAAAUGCUCGUUUCGCAAGGCUAGCAGAAGUCGGUAAAUUAGAAACACCGAAAUUAGAUGGAAAAUAUGACACUGGCCAGUUAUUCUUGCACAGAGUUUUUGGCUAUAGGGGUGUCACAUUGUUUCCAUGGAUGGCUCGUGUGUAUGACCGAGAUGUCCCGAAUAAAGAUUUGAAUAGAGAAAGUGAAGAAUCUAGUUCUGGUUAUAAUCAUGUAGGAAAAGAAGUAAAGAGUCACACACAUACAUUUUAUCAAGUUCUUAUAGAUUCUAGAGAUUGUCCAUAUGUUAGAACGCAAACAGAAGCAGUCACAUUCUUAGGUAAUCAAGAUAAUAGCCGUUCACUAUAUGCUAUUCCAGGCUUGGAUUAUGUUGCACAUGAAGAUAUUAUACCUUACACAACUACAGAGAAACAACCUAUAGCUCAUGAAUUGUUUGAAAAGUUCUUGAUGUAUGAUCCAGAAAAAGAUCCUCCAUUUAGUUCACGGGAAACUUUACGAGCUUGGCAAGAAAGGAAUCAUCCUUGGUUAGAGCUUUCUGAUGUUCAUAAAGAAACAACUGAAGAUAUACGUGUUACUGUUAUACCUUUUUACAUGGGCCAGAGGGUUGCUCAGAAUAAUGGCAUAUAUUGGUGGAGAUAUUGCAUACGAUUAGAAAACUUAGGAGAAUCAACAGUUCAACUUCGGGAGAGACACUGGAGAAUAUUUUCCCUUUCUGGUCAACUGGAAACUGUUCGUGGAAGAGGAGUUGUUGGACAGGAACCUAUACUGUCCAAAGCUCAGCCUGCUUUUCAGUAUAGUAGUCAUGUGAGCUUGCAGUCUCCCUGUGGGCACAUGUGGGGAACAUUCACCAUGGAAAGAGAUAAUGGAGUAAAUUUUGAGUGCAGAAUUCCGCCAUUUUCAUUAGAAAGCAAGUGAAAUAUCAUUGUACAUGGCAUACGAAUUCUGUAGAAAAACAGUUGUAUCUUCAAAAAGGACAGUUAUAUUAAAUAUGAACUGAAUAUUGAAAUGAUUUUCUGAAGAGCCCUACAGUCAGAUGUAUUUAACUUAAAAUGUUGUGAUAUCUUUUACACUAUUCUAGGAAGUGAAGAAAAACUUUUAUUGCAUACUUUCAAAAAUAAAUACAGAAUUUCAGUACAUGCAGUACUUCUUUUUUUAUAAAGCGUGCACUAAUAUGAAAUUAAAAUUAGAAAUUUUCUAAAAUUUAUAUUGCACUUGCUGCUAUAAAUUAGCAAUGUAUUAGGCAAAAGUUUGUUCCAAAGUGACAUAUAGUUUAACUAACAAAUCUUCACAAAUUAUUUCUUCUCUAACUUUUAUGCUCUUUUUACCUCUAGAAAAUGUGUGUGUAAUUAACUAAAAUAGAUAGAUAAAGCUAUACAGACAGCAUAACAAUAUAAAAUCAUUUAAAAAAUGGAAGCAGGAAUAAGAACAUGUGUAGUGAAACUUACUUAAGAGUCACUCUUCGAGAAAAUUUUAGUCCUCUAUUGAACAGAUCAUUCUAAGGAUACCAAGAGGUGAUGUUCAAUACCUGUGCUUUUUUACAUUUUCAAAACUAUUGUUUACACACAUUAGAGAUUGUCUGUAUAUAUUCAGAAUGGUUUUUAAAAUUAUUUUGGUGAAAUUUGUUAAUACUAUGAUGUGUUCUCUCUCUGUAUGUAUGUAUAUAUUUACAUGUAAAAUAUGAAACAAAAUUAUUAAAUCUGAUUGGAACCAA